CCCAGGCCGCACUUCCUUGGAGGCCAGUGAAGGAGGCUAGGCUAGAGAGAAAAUGCCUCUAGUGAUGAUGUGUGGGCUGCCCUGCUCAGGGAAGACGAGAAGAGCUACUGAACUACUGGACUACAUCAAGGCCCACCAUGACACCGAGGUCCACCUGGUACAAGACAGUUUCCAAGUCUCAAAAAACAAUUGUUUUGCUUCUUCAAAUGAGGAAAAAAUAGUGCGAGGAGAUAUCAAAUCGAAUGCUGAGCGUCUGCUCACGAUUGAGAGUAUUGUCAUCUUGGACUCGCUAAACUACAUAAAGGGAUUUCGUUACGAGCUUUUCUGCAUAUCUAAGCAUGUGAAGACCCCUCACUGUGUUAUUGUGUGUGAGGCCCCGGUGGAAACCAUUCAAGAAUGGAACAAAACAAGAGGAGCCGAAGAAAAAUAUAGCGAUGAAAUUCUCAAAGCUUUGGUGAUGAGAUUUGAGGCUCCAGACUCUAGAAAUCGAUGGGACUGUCCAUUAUUCACUAUCUACCCUGAUGACCCUUUACCAAGUCAGCAGAUACUGGAUGCACUACUGAAACGCAAACCCCCACCUCCAAACCAAUCCACACAAUCCCAGCCUCUGUCUGCUACGGAUUUUCUUCACGAACUAGAUCGAAAGACACAAUCAAUCGUGACAAGUAUCGUUGAAGCCCAAAGAACAGCAGUGCCUGGGGACAUGGUCACAUUACCGGGGGCAAGCGAGAAGUUCUGCCUUCCCAGGAGCAUACCAAUGGCUGAGCUGAGACGUAUUCGUAGACAGUUUAUAGCUUAUACGAAACUGCACCCAGUAGAAGACAACGCACGUAUUCCUACACUGUUUGUUCAAUAUCUCAAUAAAACAAUAUAGAUCUAAUUACACUGAUCAUGAAGUUAUAUUUAAUUAUAAUAUAUACCCAAACUAUUUUUGUUGCACUAGCUGAAGUUAACAGCAUUAUUCUUUUCAAAUCACCUAUUAUUCCCAUCACAG